CAUACAAGACCCUGCAUGGCAAGGUCAGAACACAACCACAAUACAACCACAACCACAAUACAACCACAAUACAACCACAACCACAACCACAAUACAACCACAACCACAAUAGAACCACAACCACAAUACAACUACAACCAUCAUACAACCACAAUACAACCAUCAUACAACCACAACCACAAUACAACCACAACCACAAUACAACCACAACCACAAUACAUCCACAAUACAACCACAAUACAACCACAACCACAAUACAACCACAAUACAACCACAACUACAAUACAACCACAACCUCAACACAACCGCAACCACAAUACAACCGCAACCACAAUACAACCACAACACAACCACAAUACAUCCACAAUACAACCACAACACAACCACAAUACAUCCACAACCACAAUACAACCCCAACACAACCACAAUACAUCCACAAUACAUCCACAACACAACCACAACACAACCACAAUACAACCACAACUACAAUACAACUACAAUACAACCACAACCACAGCCACAAUACAAUCACAACCACAAUACAUCCACAAUACAACCACAACACAACCACAAUACAAUCACAACCACAAUACAACCACAAUACAUCCACAACCACAAUACAAUCACAACCACAAUACAACCACAAUACAACCACAACCCCAAUACAACCACAGCACAACCACAAUACAACCACAACAGCAGAUCAAAGCUGCAUACAAGACCCUGCAUGGCAAGGACCUGGUAGGUGAUCUGCAGGGUGAACUGGGGGGAAAGUUUGAGACUCUGGUAGUGGCUCUAAUGACUCCGCCCAUCCUCUACGAUGUGACAUCACUACGGAACGCCAUCAAGGGGGCGGGGACCAAUGAGAAGGUGCUGAUUGAGAUCCUGUCUUCUAGAACGGCCCAGCAGAUUAAGGACAUCACUGCUGCCUAUCGCCAGGAGUUUAAUAAGAACCUGGAGGAGGAUGUAACAGGAGACACGUCAGGUCACUUCAGGAGACUGCUGGUCAUCCUGCUACAGGCCAGCAGACAGCAGGGGGUACAGGAGGGGAACAUAGAGGCUGACGCACAGACUUUGUUCUCUGCAGGAGAGAAGAAGUUUGGGACCGAUGAAGACCAGUUCAUCACCAUCCUGGGGAACAGGAGCACUGAACACCUGAGGAGAGUGUUUGCUGCGUACAUGAAGCUGGCAGGGUAUGAGAUGGAAGAGAGUAUUCAGAGAGAGACCUCUGGAGGACUGAGAGACCUGCUACUGGCCGUGGUAAAGUGUGCUAGGAGCAUCCCAGCCUACUUUGCAGAGACUCUGUACUAUUCGAUGAAGGGUGCAGGAACUGACGACCAGACCUUAAUCAGAGUGAUGGUGAGUCGUAGUGAGGUGGACAUGUUGGAUAUCAGAGCUGAUUACAGACGCCUCUUCGCCAAGUCUCUGCACUCUGCUAUACAGGGAGAUACCUCUGGUGACUACCGUAAGGCCCUCCUCCUGCUCUGUGGCGGCAAUGACGCGUAACCGUGGUGAUGACCCCUGAAGGAGCGAUACCUGGAGAGACCUCCUCUCUGAAUGGCCCCUCUAGCUGUCAAUCACUCUGAGUCCUGUGUAACCCAAUAGGAGAGCUCUGCUGGCCACGGUGCAGCACUGUGAUAGGUUAUGAUGGGUUUAAUCCUGUGUGUAUCUGUAGCUAACAUCCUUAAAGCUUCACUCUGCUUCAUAUCUACAUCACUACAGUCAUAAUAAUGCUGCAAGUCAUGUUUUACUAUCAGUUAUAUAACAACUAAAGACUGUUCAUGUUUUUACUGUUUGUAAGGCAACACUGAAGACACAAUAAACAUUUUGACAGCA